UGUCAACAAUGCCUUUAUUAACACAUUUAUCCAUAGCUGGAUGUUUUGAUCAAGACAUCGGCCCACAAGCACUACGAAUCCUUUCUGGUCUAUUUAACCUUUUAUUCUGGGAUAUGUCCUAUUGCAAAUGGGUGAACGAUCGAACAUUAUUACAAUCAAUCAAUUGGAAUAGGGAUCUGAAGUCAUUGAGGAAAUUAGUUGCCAUCGAAUGCGGCAAUUGGAUUGAUUUAGAGGAAACCAAACGGAAGUUGUCCUAUAAUCGUAGAAAGUUUGAAUUUUUGACCGUGGUCGGACAAAACGCGUAA